CUCGUCUGUGUUGUAUUUUUCGUUGUUGAUAAGAAGUAGAAGGAAAAGAAGAAGCAAACUAAUAUACGAAAACGAGCGUUUUGAUGACGUCAAAUUCAUGCGACGUACUCGCCUUCUAACUCGGACGCUAACAUGUCUACUAAACGGCGCUCGAGCGACACGAGGAAAGGGAAAAGUGUUAAAAAGAGUAAAGACGGUGAAGUGGCUGACCUCAGCUCGGACCUGGAGGAUGAAGUGAUCCGGAAUGGAAUGAAAGAAUCCUGGAGGAAAAAGACGAGUUUCUCUCACGGCAGCCUGCAGCUGGACUGUGAGCCGUUUCCUCAUGGUGUGGUCAGGAAUUUUGUUCAGAACCAGAGUUUUGUGGAGAAUCUGAGAGAUGAACUCCUGCAGCUCAACUUCCACAGCAAAUCCAAUGACCUGUACAAGUUCCAGCAGUCUGAUGAUCUGAAGAAGAGGAAGGAGCAUCACAUUUCUCACAUAAGGUCCCUUCUUUUCAACCAGUUCCGCUCAUGGCUGUCUGAGGUGUUAGGAGUGGAGUUAGAGACAACCGUGGAUAUUUCCUGUGCUAAAUAUGAGCACACAGAUGUUUUGCUGUGUCACGAUGAUGAACUUGAAGGCCGGAGAGUCGCUUUCAUCCUUUACUUGGUGCCUCCGUGGGACCUGAGUGAUGGAGGAACCUUAGAUUUGUACAACACAGAUGAACAUUAUGAACCAGUGAGCAUAGUGAAGUCUCUGCUGCCCUGCUGGAACACUUUGUUGUUUUUUGAAGUCUCUCCUGUUUCCUUCCAUCAGGUGUCUGAGGUUCUUACAGAUGAGAAGUGUCGCUUGUCUCUGAGUGGUUGGUUUCACGGUCCAUCUUUGCCCAGACCUCAGCGCUACACAGAACCCUCAGCCCCACGUCACACACACACUCUCACAGAUGAGUCAGUGUUGUUUGAGUGGGUGAAUGAGACCUACAUGGAUCCUUUGUAUCAGGCUCAGGUCCAGCAGGAGUUUGAGGACACGUCAGAAAUCCGCUUGCCGAACUUCCUGCAGGAGGAGAAAUAUAAGCAGGUGAUCGAGGCCUUGCGAUUGGCUGAAAUCCAGUGGGAGAGGAGAGGACCACCCAAUAAGAGGUGUUAUACCCGAGCACAGCUGCAGAAUUUGCCCUCCUGCCUGAAGGAAUGCUGGGAUCUGUUCUCGUCUGAGGCCUUCUUCCUCCUGCUGUCCAACCUGACGGGGUUGAGCCUCCAUGCUCUUGCGGCUGGGGACGAUGAGAGUGAUAGUGAGGGACAGGAAGAACAGAACGAGGGGCAGGAAGGACAGAGCAGCACAGAUGAUGGAGAGGAUAAGCGAAACAAUCCUGAUGGUCAGGGCCUCAGUAGCACUUCAUCAACAGAGAAGAAAACCAAAGGUCCUCCUGUGUGUGUUGGUGAGCUCCGUCGUUGGUCCCAUGGUGAUUACACUCUGCUGCAUGACUCUGUAAAGAGAGAGUUUGCACUGGACCUGCUGCUUCAUUUGGGCUGUACAGGGUGGAAGGCCGAGUUCGGAGGAUUUACAUCGUACAUCGCUCACGAUGAAGACGAAGAGCUCCUGACUGUGUACCCUGAGGAGAACUCUUUGGCGUUGGUGUACAGAGACAAAGAAACUCUGAAAUUCGUCAAACAUGUCAAUGACAACAGCGUCCAGGAGAGCCAACAGCCGCUCACACACUUCUACGAUUUCUCGUUCACCUACUACGAAUAA